GAACGAAUAAUUGUGGCCUUGGUCUCGGCCAGAUUGUCACUUGGAUUGUACACUAUCGAGUCAGUAGUUUUUCGGCUGUCUUAAAUAGUUACUCAAAUACGAGCUUACUUGCAAGGAGCUUAUAGUCUCUUUUACUCCAAUUUCCCAAAGUGUAUUCAAAUAAUCUUUGAAUUCUUGUACUUGUUUGUGCGGAUUACUAGUCUAAUGUAUAAUGCUGUCUUCUAACCUGAUCACGUGCUCAAGGGGUACUUUCUUUAUACCUGUUCGGUAUUACUUGAUGAGAAAGAGUUAUGUCCCACCCAUACUUGAGCCGGGUGUUUAUCCACAUCCGAAACGUCAAGUGCCGGAAUGUGGUCGGAAAACAUUCGAAGAAAGAAUCAAAGGUGAGGUACUUAAACUACGUAAAACAGAAUUAGCUGUGAAACCAAACGAUCUUUCAUCAUUGGAACCCCUUGACAUUGGAUUACCGUAUGUUUUCCCUAAAGAAUCAACAGCGUUUUUGAAGAGAUUGGAUCUGGAACCUCAAGCCCGUAAAAGAACACUACAAGUCCCGCUUGACGUAAUUCACUCACCGAGUGAAGAUACUAAAGCCCCAGUUCGUCUGCUAAAUAUUGCGCAGCAUUACGGCAUCUUCAAUUCACUUUUUGGACCACCUCAUAUCUUCGUUCCUGUUGUGAAUUUUGAAGUUGAGUAUUUAAAACCAGAUGAUAAGCCUGGUAUUUCGGAUGAAGGUAAAUGUAAUGAUGACAAGUCAACUACAUAUGUACAACCUGUGUUUAGUGGAAAUCUAAUAUCUGCCAAUAUAGCUAUGAAUCCUCCAUUCAUUAACUUGUCUACAGCACCAAACAAUUUCUACUGGACUUUGUUGAUGACCUGUCCGGACGAACCCAUUGGCAGCGAUAGUUGUGAACCAUCUAAUGAAUAUAUUCACUGGAUGAUGACAAAUCUACAGUCCACACCAGAAGGUGUUGGUGUUAUUGGGGAUGAGAUUAUUCCAUAUAUGCCACCUAUACCGUACCAAGGAACUGGUUAUCAUCGGUAUAUAUUUGUUCUUUAUCGACAAGACCGUGGGAAAAUUGAUUUAAAUCAGUGGAGAAAAGGAAAUCCUAGUGGAUGUGAUGUUCAGUCUGAACGCAGCUUCAGCACACUAGAAUUUUAUCGAAGUUUAGAAGAUGAAAUUACUCCUGCUGGUUUAGCAUUUUUUCAGUCAAUUUGGGAUGAAAGUGUGAGAUCUUAUUUUCGCCAUAAACUUGACUCACCAGAACCAGUCUUUGAAAUUCAAUUCCCGGAUGCUCGUUUGCCACCUCAACAGAAAUUUCCAGUCGCUGAUACAUGGACUAAACCUCGUCGUCACCCUCAUGGUAUUCCUCUGAUAAGAGAAAGAUAUGGUGUGCACAGUGAUGUAUCUUUUGAUGUAUACUUAGAUCGUUAUCGAGAUCGCAAAGAGUUAUACGAAGAGAUAGUCCACGAACGAUUAUCAAAUGAAGGUAAUCCUCUUGAUCCAGAAGAACCUCGUCGUAAAAUAUAUGAAUACCCAGCUGCUGUUCCGAUUCCCUCGAAAAUGCCAAGUUGGUGGGUCAAACAGGAAAUGCAGCGUCGCCUACGUCGUGGUAGGUGGAGAGAAUUGAAUGGACAUGACGGUUAAUUAUCAGUUAAUCAUAAAUAACUAGUUUUACUUUAAACCCUUGUACAGCUAUAAAUAUAAUAAAUAUCUUUUCUAAUC